AUGGUCCAAUACAAGUUGACUUACGGAGAUGCUCGCGGUCUUGGAGAACCAGCCAGACUUGUCUUGCACUAUGCCGGUGUUCAAUUCGAAGAUGACCGUCUCUCCGACUUUAGUGUUGUUGAAACCAUCCGUGAUCGUGAGUUUUGUUUGUUUUAGAUGUUGUUUUAGAUAAUGUUUUUGGAAAAAUGUUAUUUUAGGUAACACAUGUGAAAAUUUUUUAAAUUUUUGUUUGACUUUGUACUUUCUUAAUGAAAAACGUUUUGUAUAAUCACUCAAAGAUUUUAACAACUAAAAGAUUCUUUUUAUAACUUCCAUUUGGGCAAGUACCAGUCUUGACUAUUGACGGUACCACCAAGUUGGCUCAAAGUCAAGCCAUCUGCCGUUUCUUGGCCCGCAAACACGGAUUGGCUGGUAAAGAUGAUGUUGAACAAGCUCUGGUCGACAGCUACGGAGACUUCUUGAUGGACUUGAUGACCAACCUCCGCCCAUACUUUAUCUUCUUGAGAACUGGUGAAGGUGACAAGGAAAAGACCCUCAGCGACGCCAAGACUUACAUUGAGACCAAGUGGGAGAAGUACUUCAACAAGAUCGUUGAGGUAAGUGUUUUUGGCAUGAUUUUGUAGACUAAAUGAUGUAUAUUUUGGUGAUUACAUAGUCAUAAGUAAAAAUUGAAGUUAGUAGUAUGAAAGCUUGAGAACUAUAAUUAGAAUGACAAUAUCUUUUUUAGUAAAACAUGUUUUUUUACCUUAAAAGUUAUAAAUUUUGUUUCUUCAGGGUUCUGGAAGUGGAUUCUUGGCCAAGUCAGGAGUCACCUGGCCAGACUUUAUCGUGGCCAACUUCUACGAAACGUGUAAGAAUCUGGAAUUUGCUCCAAUUUUGAACAUCAAGCAUUUCAAGACUGUCCACGACAGUGUUAAGGCCCUUCCUCAACUCAAGGAAUACUUCGCCAACCGCAAACAAACUCAAUUCUGA